CCUCUCAUUUACAGAUUAUUUUACUGCUAUAUUCAGUGUAGUACAGUUUACAGGCCUUCCCAAGGCAUUAGAAAUGCAAUGAUGUAAUUCGAAAGUACAGCUUAAAGAAGCCAUUUUGUCUCUGAUGGAAACCUUAAAGCAUUUUUUCCUGUAAUCUGGAAAUAGAAAUACAGUGGCUAAAUUUCAGACUUUUUGGAUAAGUUGCGUGUAGUAUCGCUGUUUCACAAUUAUGUAGGAGUGAAUAACAGGAGAUCAAAAGAAGCAAUAAGUGUGGGGGAAGAAACCAAACUUUGAUAAUCUCUGGUGGCAUUUAUUGAUUUUUUUUUCUAUUUUCAGUUUGACUAACUUCUAGAUUAUGCACACACACUUUCUCCGAUCUGCUGUGAGUGGUGUAAAAUCAUUGUUUUUUUUUUUUUUUUGGAGUGCCUCAAGCCAUUUUUGCUCUCUCUUUUUUGUGCUUUCCAAGGUUUGAUCAUAAGUGCCCUUUUCUUUUGUUCUAGUGCCAACGUUUUUCUGAGCCGACCUACAGUGGGCUCCACCCGCCUCUCACUGACACUACAUUCUUCUUAUCUAUCUCAGGAGGAUGCUCGGCAGCUUUUUUGUUGAUUUAACCUGCACCUACACCAAGGGUCAUGUUAAUUCUGGUGCUUUUGAUGCUGCAUUUAGGAGUCAUAGAACUAUAAGAGGACAAAAGAGUUCAGGAAUAUUCUGUCGUCAUUUCCAGGAGAUCCACGCUUUUGAUCCAGGAGAAUGAAGAACCGUCAGUGACGCCCUUGCUGAUUCUCUGUCAUCAGUUGGUGGGACAUUACCUCACUUCCUGCAAGAGCCUGAGGAUGCUUACAUAAUCAAAAACAACCCAAUCAAAUUGCGCUGUCGAGCAACUCCUGCCCUACAGAUCUUCUUCAAAUGUAAUGGGGAAUGGGUGCAUCAGAACCAACAUACCUCACAAGAGUACAUGGACCAAAACACUGGGCUGAAAAUCCGUGAAGUGACGAUCAAUGUUACCAGGCAGCAGGUGGAGGAUUUCCAUGGUCCAGAAGACUACUGGUGCCUGUGUGUGGCCUGGAGUCACCUAGGAACCUCAAAGAGCCGUAAGGCCACAGUGAGGAUAGCCUACCUCCGCAAGAACUUCGAGCAGGAUCCUCAAGGGAAGGAAGUGCCAAUCAAGGGCAUGAUUGUGCUGCAUUGCCGUCCCCCGGAGGGAGUGCCCAUGGCAGAGGUGGAGUGGCUGAAAAAUGAAGAAUUGGUUGGCUCCUUUGAAGACGAUAACAUUGACACUCGUGCUGACCACAAUCUGAUCAUCAAUGAAGCCAGACUCUCUGACUCCGGCAACUACACCUGCCUCGCCAGUAACGUAGUCGCAAAAAGACGCAGUGCUACAGCUACUGUAGUUGUGUUUGUGAAUGGUGGAUGGUCUCUGUGGACAGAGUGGUCUCCUUGCAGCGUGAACUGUGGGAGAGGAGUUCAGAAGCGAUCUCGGACCUGCACUAACCCGGCUCCUCUGAACGGGGGAGCGUUCUGUGAGGGCAUGUCUGUGCAGAAGAUCACCUGCAGUGCACUCUGCCCAGUGGAUGGAGUCUGGGAGGAGUGGAGCGAGUGGACGAUGUGUAGUGCACAGUGUGAGAGGCAGCGAUGGAGGGAGUGCAACUCGCCACCGCCCCGUCACAGAGGCAAGAUGUGUGAGGGAGAAGGUCAAAGCACGGAGAACUGCACAGGAGGACUGUGUACGCAAAAUGGGAAGCUGAUGCAUGAUGUUAAGCCACAGAGCUUGGAGAACUCUAUUGAUGUUGCGCUGUACUCUGGUCUGGCUGCGGGGGUGAUCGCUGUGGUCGUCCUCAUAGUGGCCAUCACCCUCUACAGGAAGAGUCAAAGUGAGUAUGGAGUGGACGUCAUUGACUCAUCUGCUCUUGCUGGGGGCUUCCAGUCCUUCAACUUCAAAACCACCAGACAGGGCAAUCCACUUCUGCUGAAUUCCUCCAUGCAGCCCGAUAUAACUGUUGGCCAGACGUUCAGCAGCCCGAUCUGCUUUCAGGACUCCAUAGACAAAGAGCUCUUUGACCCCCUGCCAGACAAGGUCAAAGUUCAGAGCUCCUUUAUGGUUUCACUAGGUGUGGCGGACCGGGCCGAGUACCAUGUGAAAGCCCAUCAGGAGACCCUUCCAGCUAACCUUCACCCAAAGUACAGCACUGUGGAAGGAAAGAAGACCACUAUGAUUGCUCCUAAUGGCAUUCACACACUCAGGAAGACUCAGUUUAAGACAAGCGCUGUGUUUGGGCACCUGGGUGGCCGUUUGGUCAUUCCAAAUGCAGGAGUAAGCUUGCUGGUACCUCACGGGGCGAUUGCUGAUGACACCUCUUGGGAAAUGUACAUGCUCAUAAAUCAAGAAGAGUCUAGUGCCCAAUCAGAGGAAAGGUGUGAGAUUCUGUUAGGGCCAGAGAUCACGUAUGGACCUCCGGGGCUAAACCUGUCCUAUCCUGUUGCCAUGACGAUAGCUCAUUGUGCUGAAGUCAGCGCUGAAAACUGGAACAUUAAACUCAAGAGACAAACCAAGGACAACAAGUGGGAGGAAAUAAUGUCAGUAGACGAUGAAUCAACCUCCUGCUAUUGCCUGAUGGACUCGCAUAGCUGUCACUUGUUGCUGGAUCAGCCGGGCUGUUAUGCACUAGUGGGGGAACCCAUCACUGAUGCUGCCAUAAAGAGACUAAGGAUUGCUGUGUUCGGCAGUGUGGAGGCCUCCUCCAUUGACUACAGCUUGCGAGUGCACUGUGUAGACGACACACCGCAUGCCUUUCAGAGAGUGGUUACUGCUGAAACCAGUAGAGGAGGUCAGCUUCUUGAGGAGCCCAAGAUGCUGUUCUUCAAAGGAAACUGCCUCAGUCUGCAGGUGUCUAUCCAGGAUAUCCCCCAGUUUCUGUGGAGCAUCAAACCAUUCACCACCUGUCAGGAAUUCUCCUUCACCCAAGUGUGGUAUAGUAACCAGCAGCCUGUGCACUGUGCCUUCUCACUGCAGAGACAUAGCACCUCAACCACCCAGCUCUCCUGCAAGAUCAGUGUGCGGCAGGUCAAAGGUCACGAGCAGAUCCUGCAGGUCUACACCACAGUGGGAGAGAGUGAGAAAGAGACGGUCCCAUUUUUUAUGCAGGCAGACUGCACAGUGACUUCACAGACGGGGGCCAAAGCCUUCAAAAUCCCCCUGUCCAUACGUCAGCGGAUAUGCACCACCUUCGAUACUGCCAACACCAAGGGCAAGGACUGGCAGCUCUUAGCUCAGAAACUCCACAUUCAAAGGAACCUGUCCUACUUUACCAAGCAGAAGAGUCCCUCUGCUGUCAUUCUCAGUCUCUGGGAGGCCAGGCAUCAGGACAGUGGAGAUCUUGACUCCCUUGCAAGUGCUUUGGAGGAGAUCGGAAAGAUCCACUGUAAAAGUCUGCCUCAGAGUCCAGAUGACAAAGAAACAGACUUUACGUUUUGAGGGACUACUGAAGACAACAUGUACUCCACCCGGUGCAAUUCCCUAGCAUCUUCAAUUUAGAGUCCAAGCGGAGCCAGUUGAGGCAUAUCCAGUCUGACAGAAGACUCAGACAAGAUGCGACCAAUCAGAAGGUUUCACAUAUCUGUACAUGUGCGAAGGAAGGAUGAUUGGUAUUAAUUUGGCACGGAUUCAACAGCUUCAAAAUGCUUUUCUAAAAGUGCCAAGCCAUCACAACUUUCCUAAAAUUCCGCCUUAGCCUUUCCUUGGUGUUUAUGAUUUUAUUAUAAGUACUAUUAUUAUUGUGUGGGAUUAAUUGGUGGCCAGACUGGGCUUUUCUUGAGCAUUCCUUGUGUCAGCGUCAUAAUUAAAGGAAUAGUCCAUCCAAAAAUGAAAAUUCUAUCAUCAUUUACUCACCCUCAUGUUGUUCCAAAACCGUAUGACUUUGGAACUAGUGCUGUCAAAUGAUUAAUUGCAAUUAA